GUCAGUUGGAAAAUUAGUUUGCAAUGAAGCAAGUCGCGCGAAUUUUUUUCUCUUUCUAAAGUAAGAACGGAUUUCACUAUUCAUGUUAGAUUAUUUCGCACACAUUGAUUAGGGUAAAGUUUUUAAGUUUUUCGGAAUAAUUACUUAACAAAAUGCAUGCGAAAUCGAAAUUGGCGAUUUUUAAUAAACGUUACCGCAGGCAAAUUCUCGCCACCUUGACAGAACAUAUUAUGACAUUCGCUCAUGCAGCUGGUCUAGGCUGGCUCUCACCCACAUUGAAUAUUCUCCAAUCUCCCGCUUCUCCGCUGGAUUUUCCAAUCACUACUGAAGACGCUUCCUGGAUUGGUUCGACUUUUGGUUUGGGCUUCAUAGCAGGAAAUGUGUUCUUUGGACUCACACUGGAUCGCCUCGGUCGCAAACUGAAUAUCUACAUUUUGGCGUUCCCGCAUAUGAUUUUCUGGAUACUCAAUUACCUGGUGCAAAGUGUCGAAUAUUUGUAUGUGGGUCGUUUUUGCGCUGGACUUGCCAGCGCCGGCAUCUUCUUAGUUGUACCGGUCUAUAUAAGUGAAAUAACGGAUAAAGACAUACGCGGUGCCCUUACAGCCAUGGCUAUGAUGUUUUUCAGCACCGGUUUGUUGUGCGGUUACAUAUUGGCGACUUAUCUCGAUUACUACCUUAUACCCUGCAUCAUUAUUGUGUUGCCUAUUAUUUACCUCGUGGGAAAUUUGUUCCUUCCCGAGACACCACAGUGUUUAUUGAAGCAUGGUCGUGAGAAGGAGGCUGAAUUGUCCUUCAACUUCUAUAAAAAUAUUGAACCAGAGACAAAUGUAGAAUGCUUUGCUACACAACCGUCUGUGGCAAUUAGUGAAUUCAAAGAACUGAAGGCUGCUAUUGAUCUUGGUGGCCUAUCAGUGCCCGUCACACUCAAGGAUUUUUUUAAUAGAUCUACACUUUUCAAUUUCUUCACUGCCGCCAUUUUGUGUUUACUCAACCAGCUGUCUGGCAGUUUUGCAAUUAUCAAUUACAUGGCGAAUGUAUUCGCCGCCUCCGGUUCGACCAUCGACCCAAAUGUUAGCGCCAUCGUAAUGGGAUUCGUACAGAUAUUGGGCUCGCUAUCGGCUACGGUGUUGGUCGAACGUUUCGGCCGUCGACCUUUACUUCUAUCAUCGGCCGUCGGCAUGAUGGUUGGCAUGUAUGGGUUUGGUGCAUUUGUGCAAUUUACCGACGAAGAAACGAAGGCCGCCUACAACUGGGUGCCAAUCAUAUUCAUGAUGUUAGUGGUAUUUACGGCUUCUUACGGAGUUUUCGGUAUAUUCUUCACCAUUGUCGUCGAGAUGCAUCCGGCGAAGAUCCGCGUCCAGGCUUUAUCGAUUUGUAUGUUAUUUAACAGCAUAUUGGUGUUUAUAACAUUGAAGCUGUAUCCAUUUUUCUUAUUUAAUUUGGGUAUUACCGUUACAAUGUAUUCUUGUGCAAGUGUUUGUGUGAUUGCUGGUAUUUAUCUGUAUAUUUUUCUACCGGAAACUAAAGGCAAAUCAAUGGAGAAGGAUUUUCAAAUUAUCAUCUUCGCACAUGGUUUUAGCACGGGAUGUAUGUCACCGAUAGUAGAAAUUAUACAAUCACCUAAAACACCGUUAAGUUUUUCUGUUACUGUUGAAGAGAUUUCCUGGAUUAGUGCGAUGUUUGGUUUUGGCUUCUUAGCUGGCACCAUUCUGUUUGCAGUAACUAUAAAUCGCUUUCGACGCAAAUUUAAUUUGUAUAUUCUGCCUCUUCCACACAUGCUUUUCUGGGUAUUGGCCUACUUUGUUCAAAAUAUCGACUAUCUGUAUGCAGGACGUUUCCUCGCUGGUGUCACUGGCGGUGGCCUGUUGCAGAUCACACCGAUUUUUCAGAGCGAAAUUUUAAACAAAAACAUCCGGGGCGCUAUUAUUUCGUCGGGAACGCUGUUCCUCAGUGGUGGCACUAUAAUCGGUUUUGUACUGCCCUCUGUACUGAACUACCAUGUAAUACCUUGUAUCGGGUUGCUCGUUUCAAUUGUGUUUCUAAUAGCUCUAUAUUUCUUUCCGGAGACACCACAAAGCCUAUUAAGAAGCAAUAAUAUUGUGGAAGCCAAAGCAGCUUUUGACUUUUAUAACGGCUUAAGAAGUGAGAAAACGUCGGAAACGGUGCAAAGUGAAUUUGAAGAGCUAAGUAGGAAUAUUUUGAACGGUGACUCCAGCCAACCUAUCACUAUAGAUGACUUUCUUACAAAAUCUGCACUCAAGGCGUUGGCUAACGGCGCUGUGCUGUGCAGUCUUUAUCAGUUGUCGGGCUGUUUCGCUUCUCUCAACUAUAUGACUUCGAUAUUUACCGCAUCUGGUUCGGUAAUGGACCCAUACUUCUGUACAAAUAUAGUUGGUAUCACGCAUAUUAUCGGUUGUUGUGUUGCCGCACUAUUAGUAGAGUAUCUUGGUAGAAGAGCGAUGUUAUUUUUGUCCACAAUAGGCAUGUCUGUCGGUAUGUUUAUCUUUGGUGCCUUCAUCCAGCUCGCAGACAAGGAGAUGUUGGAGGUGUAUUAUUGGGUGCCACUUGUCUUAAUGAUGAUUGUGGUCUUCUUUACAGCAAGUGGACUUUUUGGUAGUUGCUUCGUUAUUCUGGUUGAAAUUAUGCCGACAAAAAUUCGCACUCUAGCACUACCAAUGGCAAUGACUAUAUUCAGUUUGCUAUUAUUUAUUAUGCUGAAAAUAUAUCCAUAUUUCCUAUUUGAAUUGGGAGUAUCCACUACCAUGUACAGCUCAGCGACAAUAAGUGUUGUUACCACCGUAUAUUUAUACAUAUUUUUACCGGAAACGAAAGGAAAAUCCAUGGAAGCAGAAUAGGAAAUAAUUUCAAUCAAUUUCGUACAUAAUCAACGAUUGGUCUUGCAUUAAAUAGAAUAUUUUUGUAGUUAAAAUGUCCGAAAUAUUUAUUAAAUAUGAUUAUAUAAAAGGAUUGUUCCAAAGUAA